AUGGAUGAAGAUACUCGGAGAGAUUUAAUCGAGCAAUUUCGUGCCGUCACUGGACUUGCAGAAGACUCCGACGCAAACAUCACAGAUCUACUUACUGUGAAUGGUUGGAACUUGAACAACUCGAUCUCGGUCUAUUUUGAUACGGGUUUUGACCUGAUAAGUGCUGGGGUCAAUCCAAACCAAGAAUAUUCACAUCAACUGCCAAUUGAGCCUUCCGACGACGGGAACACUGGAGGAGUUUCUAGUGGCGUGGAGGAGCAUGAAAGCACCCUUUAUCAUCGAGAAGAUUCAAGAAGUGUUCUGAAUCUCCAGAGUGAACUCUUUUUUGAUAACUAUAUACCAAAAUUGCCCAAAGCUCCUAAGAUUUCCAACCACUGGCACUUGGAGAUUGGGCUCAAUUUGAGCUUAAUAGACUCUAGUCGAAAGGAGGGGCUUGGUGCUAGCGAAGACGAAAAGACACUCAUAGAUGAAAAGUCCGACGGGGUCAGCACGUCAAAUGCUUCUUCUCCAAGAACGACUACGCUAUGGAUCAUCUUACUUUUCAUUCCAAAGUCAUUGCUUUCCAUUCUUGUAUCAAUAUUCAGGUACCUCUUCGGAGGUGUGGCCAAGAAGGUUGGUGGACUGUUGAACAAUUUCCCUAAGAGGUUCAACUACAGCACUUAUAACCCUGAGAAGGAGGAUAAACUAAGCAUAAGUGUUCCAGAACCAUCGCCAAGUCGUGGUACUUCUUCCGCCUCGGUCGUCUCGUCGUCGUUCAAUGAUGCUUACUCUGAUUCCCAAUCUAAGUAUUCGUGGUUAUUAGUGAUCUUGACUAACAAUGACAGAAAGAGUAGCCAGCUUGCACAAUCAUUUCUUACAAACCCAGAAUUCGGCAAACUUGAAGAUUUAACAUUGUAUACAAACAACAUUGAGACGUCUCGUGAGGCCUUUGAGGUAGGAAAGACUUACAAGGUUAAGAAGUUGCCUUAUGUCAUGCUUAUCGGUAAUGUUACCAAUAAUCCAUCGAUCAUGUCAUCCAUGAGCAUUGUUUAUAAAUCGAACAUCGCGUUAUCUUCUCUUGAAAACGAUGAAAAGAUAGAGGCAACUGUCCUGAAAGUGUAUAGGGGACUCUCCAAAGUUAUUGAGCAUUUCAGUCCACAGCUAAUAACCAAAAGAAUAGAUCAGCAGGAGAUUGAGUAUUCGAGGAUAAUCAAGGAGCAACAAGAUGCUGCUUACAUUGAGUCCUUGGCUUUGGAUAAGAAGAAGAAAAUGGAAAAGGAGUACCAAGUUAAGAUGGAGCAAGACCAACAAAAGUUGGCCAACUUGAGGAAGCUAUUCUUACUUUCCAGGAUUCAAAACGGCUGGAUUGAAGAUGUUAUCAAAGAAGAUAUCUCUUCCGGUAACAAAGAUUAUGUAAAGGUUGCUAUAAAAUUGCCCAAGGGAAAGAGAAUUAUUGAAGUUUUCAAGAAGCAAAUUUCGACGAUAGAAUUAUAUUUAUUUGUUGAAUUAAAAUUGUACAUAAACGAGUUGGUUGAAGAUGAAGAGAACGAAGAGUUCAAUGAUGAAAAUGAUGUGAUUAUGCAUUCUAAGGGGCUUGAUUGUACCUGUGAGUUGGAAUUAAGCGAAUAUGUAGCCAAGUUCCCAUUCAAGUUCGAGUUGAUUCAGCCCUUUCCAAAGAAGGUGAUUGAACUCGUUGAAGAAAAGAUAGGGGAAGUGAAGGAGUUGAAGAAUGGGGGAAGCCUAUUGUUUGAAUGGGUAGAGGAAGACGACGAUGACGAAGAUGAAUAA